AGCCCUGUAGUCACUGAUAACAGCCAUCAGUUGUCACUCGACUGGGGGAGAAAAAAGACCAUUCGUUCUUCGAAAAAUGAUGAAACUCAUUGUUAUUGUACUUCUGGCCACUUUGGCCAUAGCUAAUGCUGUAGGCGAUACUCAUUGCCCAGGAUGUGUAACUAAUUUGAAAACGGAGGAUGCCGCCGCUUCAUUAAAUAAAUCUUUAAAUAAAUUGGCCACUGGUGAUGGACCUCACUACAGACUGGGUAAAGUCAAUUCUGCCUCCAAACAAGUGAUCCGUGGUCUUCAAUAUAGAAUCAAUGCCGAUUUGAUUGAUGAGAAUGGUCAGACCAAAACCUGUGAUAUUAAUAUGGUUUUCUUCCAAGGCGUAGAGAUUACCUUCAAAUGCCCCGGAGAAGAUGAUGUUACGAAAACUCAUGAACCAGUGUAAUGAUUGAAUUUAAAUUGAAAGAGAAAGUUGAAUAAAUCGGAAGAUACAAAUUUAGUUUGGAAACUAAAAAAAAUGGUGUUUAAGA